AUGGCACGGUCAUUCCCAGCCAGGCAGAGGAGGUAUCCAUUCGCGAAAGGCCGUGGAAGAGGGUACUUUGCCCGAAGGUCUCGUGGAAACAGGACCUCUAGCCAAGAUACCCACUAUAUUUCGUCCCGGCCAUCUUACUCCAGAGCCACUUCUGUCGCAACCAGUAGAAGUCUCCAGAAUGAAAAUGAAAAUCUUCCCUCCAAUGCAUUGCCACAUAGUCAAGUUACUACCCAGGAGGAGCGAUUGGACGAUGAUGAUGAGGAGCUUUGCAGGGUCAUCAUGGCCGUAGAUAUGAAGGACCGAGGAACAGUCGGCUGCAGUUAUUAUUCCGCUCAGGAAGAAAAACUAUAUGUCAUGGAGGAUAUAGUCUAUGGUGGGCAUGAUGUUAUUGACAUCUUACAAAUAUUUAACUACGAUGCCAUAGACUCGCAUCUCCAGCUACCAUACCUGCUAGACGUGCGUCCAACCCAAGAGUUUGGAUUUGAAAAUGCAAAGAUCAAACUCGCAUCUUUCAAAUUCAACUCCAAGUCUAAUGAAACGUUUAAGUUUCUUAUACCGGGAACAGGCUUCUCUCAUGAUGGUAAUGUUACAGGGGAAAAUAUUGACUUCACAGAACAGCAAGGCGAUUUCUUGAACAUCGGUGGGGUUAUUGAUAUGGAAAACCGUCUAUCCGUCGGCUGUGCAGGAGCGAUCCUCACAGAUACCCUGGCUUCCCUUCAAAUACUACAGUCCGAGUCCCAUCCAAACGCCUUCAAUCAAGGCCCAGGCAAAACGUCAUCAGGGUCCAAGGAAGGGUUAUCUAUAUACGGUCUUUUCCACCAUUUUGCAAGAACACCCCAAGGAAAACGCUUGCUAAAGCAGCUUUUUCUUCGCCCAAGUACUGAUCCCACCGUAAUUGGCCAGAGACAUGAAUUUCUCAGUGUCUUUUUACGGUCGGAAAACGACCCCUCCCUUGGACAACUUGUCAAAAGCUUGAAGAAUAUUAAGAAUAUGAGACCGGUUAUGGUUCAUCUGCGAAAAGGAAUUAGUACUGGAAGUGCGAAGUUCAGAGGGUUUAAAGGUGUAGUGUGGUCCAGCCUACUUGACUUUGCGUUUCAUGCCAUUGAUAUUAAUCAAGCUUUAAAGGAGGUUACUGGAGUUCAAGCACUAGACGUUUGCAUGAAGGUUGACCUUUCUCUUUCUGUCGAGGAGCAUCGUACAGUGGUUCGACCUGGAAUUGAUCAGGAACUGGACAAUUUGAAGGAAACCUAUAGCGGUAUGGAUAGCUUGCUCAACCAGGUUGCUGUCAACAUUGCCACAUCCCUCCCAGAGGGAAUAACGAAGGAGAUCAAUGUCGUUUAUUUCCCACAGCUUGGCUUCAAUAUUGCCAUGCCAUUUGACGAUAGGGGUAUGCCUAUGUAUGGUUCAAACGAUGAGGACUGGACUCAGGUAUUCAACACGGAAAAUAGAGCUUAUUUUAAAGACUCAAGAAUGCGUGAAAUGGAUGAGAAACUAGGUGAUAUAUACGGAUUGAUCUGUGAAAAGGAAAUAGAAAUCGUUUAUAAACUUGCACAAGAUAUCUUGAUAUACGAGAAGAUGCUUGUUGAAGCGUCUGAUAUAUGUGGGGAGAUUGAUAGUCAUAUGCUCCAUGAAGCAACAGUGUCAUCAUUUGUACCCAAUGAUACCUUCAUUGUCGGCGGGAAAGGGUCCAUGGAGGACACCUCAAAUGAUGUGUCCUCUAAUACUAGCCCACGUCCCGCAGGAGAUACAGCUCAGGGGCCAAGCAUGCUCCUGUUGACCGGUCCAAAUUUCUCAGGGAAGAGCGUCUACCUCAGCCAGGUUGCUAUCAUCGUUUAUAUGGCUCAUAUUGGAAGGUUAAUACCAAUUCUCAGUUUCUAUCCUUCAAAGUCUAACUACUUCCCAGCUUUGUCCCUGCUGAUAGCGCCAUAA